GACACGCCCACCCGUCUCCAACAUCAACAGUAGACAACGUGCAAAACAAAAUCACACCGCAAACGACAUGAAAACACAAAGAUAACUUUUGCUCAGUAAUUAACUCGACGUAGUUUUUAUCAUUCAACUCCAAAGAAUGGAUACGGAAGGAAAGGUUCUCAGCACAAGGAGAAGAGAUCUUCCUCCCAUUCCUCAAGGACAGAGGGUAAGUCUAAGAUAUCCAUAACACAUCGUGGGUUUAUUCUAUUUGUUACACAUUCGAGCUGUUGCUGAUAAGCCUUUUUAUUUCUUUUAAUUUGACUGAGUACAAGCUUCACGUUGACAAGCACAGCAGUAGUCAUAAAGGUAAACUCUCUUAGAGUCAGAUGCUUUUGCUCCCCUUGUCUUUUGGGGUUCAUCCAUUGCAAUCUGUUUAACCCUCUUACAUUAUUCUUAAAGGCUAUAUAAUAUAUAAUCUGGAUUGAAUCAGUACCACACUAAUUAAAAUAAAUACAGUCAGUACUAGGCUGAGCAUGUGCAUUUGUAUACAUGUUGAACUGAAUAUUCAAUAAGGCCGCAUUUAUUUAUUUAAGUAAAAACGUAAGUAAGUAGUAGUGGUGUGUGUUUAUGUCAGAAGGUUGAGUAACAGUAUUUGAUGGUGACUCCUGAGUAGCUCCUCCUUUACAUAAUCCUGCUGCUUGGCAGAUGCCCGUCUCAGAUUUAGACUCAAAUUAAUCCUUGCUUUAAGUGCUCAGAGAUGCUUGUUUGUACAUGUCCUUUGUGUUCUCCCUGUGCUCUUGAGUGGAAUGGCGAAAAAGCCAACGCGGGGACCACGAGCACUGCCGUCUAUGCCAAGUCAGGACACGGCAGAGGAUGUUCCAGCUCCAAAGAGUAGGAAAAAGAAGGCCAAGAGGGAUGUGGAGAGUGUGGAUGAACAUGAUGAUGGUGGAAUGGAAAUGGGAGGGCUUACCAGUCGCAGGCAGUCUGAAUGUCAGGAACCUUUGACCCCAGAACCUGUGGACAAUCCUCCACAAAGGAGGAAAAAAAAGAAGAAAGCACAAGCAAUUGAUAUAGAGGGAGAUCAGACGGACCUGGUGUCAAAUGGAGAUAUGGUGGAUCAGAAUGUUGAAGAAGAGGUGACGCGAAAACCAAAAAAGAGGAAAGUCAAACCUAAAGUAACAGAAACACAUUCCAACAACGAACUGGACAUAGAGGAUGAUGAUAUCAUCACAGACCCCCAGGUGCCCGUCCCCCAGCAUUCCUUGUUCUCCGCUCCCCAAGGCCAAAGCCAGCCUAUGGGGAAGGUGUUUGUGGAGAGGAGCCGUCGUUUUCAAGCAGCUGAGCGAGUGGACCAGUGGAAGGCCAGUGUCCCGAUGGAGCAGAACUUUAUGGACAGCCGCUCAGUGUGGACCACUAGAGAUGUCUCCUUGAAACUGCACAGUGGCUUCAGGGUGAUUGGCCUGUUUUCUCAUGGCUUCCUGGCUGGUUAUGCUGUAUGGAAUAUCAUUGUGGUCUAUGUUUUGGCCGGGGACCAGAUGAGCACUCUUUCCAACCUACUCCAGCAGUAUAACACCCUGGCCUACCCUGCACAGUCCCUGCUCUACCUGCUGCUGGCCCUCAGCACCGUUUCUGCCUUCGACAGGAUGAAUCUUGCCAAAGCCGCUACGGCCAUGAGGAGUUUACUGACCCUCAGUCCUGUGGCGCUUGCUUCCUUCUUGUACUUUUCUGCACUUGUUUUAUCAUUAAGCCAGCAGAUGACGAGCGAUCGCAUCAAUCUCUAUAAUCAGUACUCCAGCUAUAAUGUGACACUCUGGCAGCCGGGCUCAGAGCGCAGCGUCCUUUACCCCUGGAUCAUAGUAAACCUGGUGGUCACUUUGCUGGUCGGGCUGGCCUGGGUUCUGAUGUCAGCAAGUCCCGAUAUCGACCACACAGAAGAGUUUUUAAUGUUGAUGGAAAUGGAAUAUCCGAAAGCAGAGGAAAAGGGAAACGUCGCUGCAUAAGUCAUUUUUUUCUGCUGUAUUUUGAUACAUUGUUGAUUUGUCACUGUAUAUAUUAGAAAUGUCACUUGCCUGCUGUAAGGUCUCUGCAAUAUAUUUUUUAAAUAAACCAUUCCUUGUCUGAUA